UCUCUUUCGUUUUGUGUCUCGCUAAUUCCUGCUGCACAAAAUGCACAUGUAUAGCUAGUAGAUAGUUUUUGUAUAUAUUUUUAAAUAGCUUAUGCUUGCCUACACCUUUGAAGAAAAUUAUUAUUUUUCAUUGUGCGCCAUAUUGUAGAUUUAUUUAUGUCUUCGCCUGCAAUGUUGUUUAACCACCAUUAAACAUUUUCCCAUUCCAAAGCGCUCUCCUCCUUGGAACAUUAAACAUUAUACUUAUUAAUGUAUGCGUGCGCUCUCACUACGCUCUAUGGUUUACUCAUCAAUUUGUUAUACCCGGUCGCGUCAGUCCUGCUGCAUAUUGUUUCUUGAUGUUUUUUUUUACAAAAUUGUAUUUGUUAAUGUUCUUUGGUGUUGUCUCUCAGCAAUGUCUCGGUUAUGCUGCCACAUGUGUGCGCCGCGCCUGUUCUCUCGUUGGUAGCUGGUUAACAGGCAGGCUGUGUCGGUUUGCCUGCCUGCCUGCUUUCCUUUUUAUUUUUCCUUAAAAUAUUACUUUAUUUUUAUUGUUUUUGCUCUUUGCUGUUGAAAAAAUGCUAAAUCAACGCUUAGAAAUAUUAGCGCUUCCGUAAGGCUCCGUACAGAGUUUAGACUUCCCUACAGCCAAAAACACGGCACUUCUAAUUGAAAACGUGAUAUAUUAAUAUAUAAACGAGUUUUACGUGGAACCAUCAAUUUCUUACGGCAACAGAAUUAUUUCACCUCCAGCUAACGAAAGCCUGUACCUGACUCUGAACGCUUGGUUUGUCUACCAACGGCACCGCCACAAUGAACGCGUCUCAGCGUCAGGAGUUUUGUGUGCGCUGGAACAGCCAUUUGGGUAGUAUCGGCGCCGCAUUUCCUCAACUGUUGGCCGGUCAGCGUUUUGUUGAUGUGACCUUGGCAUGUGAGGGGCAUCAAGUGCAUUGUCAUCGGCUCGUCUUGGCCGCAUGUUCAUCCUAUUUUGAUAGCAUCUUGGCUGAGAAUCCUUGUAAGCAUCCAGUCAUCAUAUUACCCAGUGAAAUAAAGCUGUGGGAGAUCCAGGCGCUCGUCGACUUUAUGUACAAAGGUGAGGUGAAUGUCACACAAGCCGGUUUACCGCAACUACUGCGCUGUGCCGAACAGUUGCGCAUUCGCGGUCUUUAUGGCUCCGAUGCCGCAUUGAAUUUGAAUCAGCUGAAAGCGCUUACGAAUAAAGCGGCUGCAGCAGCUGCUGCCGCGACGCAACAACAACAGGCGGAUGGCAUUGAGACCGACACAGAUACCGCUACCAAUUCGACGACAACAACGACAGCAACAGCAGCUAGCGCACUACAGCAGUUACAUGCUGGUGGCGGAAUGUCAGCGGCUAUGAUGGCCCAAGAGCUGCAACAACAACAGCAGCAGCAACAAAAGUAUCAGCAACAACCGACAUUUAUGAUUAAAAAGGAGCCUAUACAACAGGAUAUGGAACAUGAACAACAAAUGGAACAGCUGCAGCAGCAACAACUACUACAACAACAAAGCAACGGCAGCCUCGCGCACAGCGCCAUGCAACAAAAUCACCUUGAACACCAGCAACAGCUCGUACAUCAGCAACAGCUACAGCUACAGGCACAACAACAACAACAACGUGUACCGCAAGCAACAUUAGCUCAUGUGGCCAAUGCUGCAGCGGCCAUGGCUGCCGCCAGCGCAGCGACAAAUUCGAAUGCCAACAGCGAGGAUGACGAUUCGGGCGAUGAUUCCAAUUCCAAUCAGGCUUACGAAGAACACAGUAAAUAUAGAAUGCAGCAAAAAGUAACAGCCAAUAAUAUGAAAGCGACACAAGCGGCCGCUGCCGCUGGUACGCAUUUGGACUCCACCAUAGAAGAUGAUCACAACUAUGUGGCCGCACACGAUGAGGAUAGCAGCUACUGCGCCAGCGCGGACACUGAACACGAAAGCUCAGCCAAUGCAUCAUUACUCAACAUGCUGGCGGCGCAGGCGAACAGCGGUGCUGCUAAUACCGCUGAAAUGUCCGGUUCUCUAAAACGUGUGCGCCGCUCCGAGGCAUCACUGGCUCAAGCAGCAAAGUGCGUUUCAAAAGGACAAACCUUCCAAACGGUCAGCAACAUGUUUAACAUACCAGUUUCGACAAUACGCUUCUACAUGGCGCGUAAGGGUAUAUUGCCACGUCGUAAGCGCGGACGUGGCGCCUCAUCAGCGGUGAGUAGCGUGACCGCCGGUAGCGGCGGCAUAAUGACGGCCACGGCAGCAGCAACUAUGGCGCAAGCGUUAUCGCAAAUGAAGCGUGCCGAAAGUCCGAGUGGCUUUCCAGCUCAUCAGUUGGUGAGUGGCGCCAGUGUUGGCGGCAAGGCGCACAUUUAAUUCAACGCAGCAACGAAGAUAAGUAGCGAGCGACACAUGUUAAACUUGUAAAGUUUAGCAGUAAGCGUUCAAAAGCUCUCAACGGUUACGAGUGAGAUUACAACUACAACUACACAUACACUUAAGCGCCGUACGGUGAAAAAAAAAACACAAAAAAUACUCUUAAGCUAAGUAUGUAUGUGUAAGGAAAUAUACCGCAAACGCCAAUUUACUUAAGUAAUUAUAUUAUAUAAAUUAAAAUUGAAUUAUUCUUAAAGUUUCUACGUAAGUCAUUCUUGCACGUUAAGUUGUACAAAGUAUUGUUUUAAUUUCCUACAUUCAUGGUUAGUAGCUAUGUAUAUGCAAUUUAUAAUUUUUUCAAAUUUCAUAAAUGUCAUACCAUACACUGUUUACUGUUCGUAUAUGUUGUGCUGCGCGCAAAAUGUUUCAAAAAGUUUUAUUUUUUAUGCCUUGCAUUAUUAUUCAACAAAAAUUCAAAGCAGCUGUAUCACAUUUUACGUGAAGCUUUUGAGUCAUGGGCUGAGCAACAAAAUAUACAUACAUACAUUCAAGAACAUUUUCUAUUUAAAAAAAAUGUCAAAUAUGCAUUUUAUACUAAUACAACUGUAUGAUCCAACGCAAUUAAUUUUAUAAUUGCUUAGUUAUUUUUUUUAUUAAUUUUGUUUUACAAAAAAACAACAAUUAAUUUUUUA